CCGCGGCCUGCGCUGUGAGUGGCGUGGGUCUAGCCAGGGCGGCCAGGAUGUGGCAGCGGGCACGGAGAGGGCUCACGGCGGGGGUUCUGGGUUGGCUCCGCUCCCGCCUGCCGCUAUUAUACCAGUAUGGACGGGCUCAGCCGUGGAGAGGGGAGUGCGGCGCCCGGGCACUCAUCCGAGGCUUCCGCUACAAACCGCGGCCGGGGAGGACGGGCAGGCUGCUCGCAGCACUCACCGGGGCCUUCCUGUGGGAGGACGAAAGAGUCCGGGAGGACGAGAUACUCCGGUCAGCUGAAGAAAUGAAACACAUGCAGUUUAUAACUCGUAUGUUUCAGGGACAGACUGUAGCAUAUGACGAGGAUCAAGGAUGGGAGCUUGUGAUGGAUAAAAAGGACUUUAGGUUAUGGAGGCGCCCAAUUGAGGGCACCCACCUUUACCAAUACAGAGUAUUUGGUUCAUAUGCAGACGUCACUCCUCGUCAAUUCUUUAAUGUCCAGUUAGAUACAGAAUACCGCAAGAAAUGGGAUGCACUAGUCAUUAAACUGGAAGUUAUUGAAAGAGAUACCAUGUCUGGAUCUGAAGUUAUUCACUGGGUCACUCAUUUUCCUUAUCCUAUGUAUUCCCGGGAUUAUGUCUAUGUACGGAAGUUUCAUGUUGAUCAUGAGAAUAACGUAAUGGUUCUGGUGUCUCGAGCGGUUGACCACCCAGAUGUCCCAGAGUCGCCAGACUAUGUGCGGGUUCGCAACUAUCAGUCUCAGAUGGUUAUCACACCGCACACUACAUUUGAUGAGAAUGGCUUUGAUUAUUUGCUGACUUACAGUGACAACCCACAGACAGCGUUCCCUCGCUAUUGUGUUAAUUGGAUGGUGUCGAGUGGGAUGCCGGAUUUUCUGGACAAGCUACACCUAGCGACUUUGAGAGCCAAGAACAUGGAGAUUAAAGUGAAAGACUACAUCUCUUUACGACCUCCGGACUGUGAUGGCAGGGCUAGCCCUGAACGAAAGUCCAGUGUUACAAAUCCUCCUGCACAAAUGGAAUAUGCCUAAAGGGUACUUUCAUCCCUUUUUCUACUCCUGACAUAAGGCAAGGUCACAUGUUUGUGACAGACUGAAGAAAUCCAGCUAAGGACUGACUGCUGCCAACUUUCAUCCCAUACUGGAAUAAAGUGGUUUCCUUAUAGGAUUAAUUUACCUCUGUAUUAACAGGUGUAAACUCCAGAAUGACUAUUGGACUUUAAAUGAUAGUCCCAGCAUGAAAGGGUGGGGGCUGAAGUGGGCAUUAAGGGCAACAGCAGUUAGCAGGAUUUGUUAUUCCUUGUUAGGUUUGUGUGUGGAAGAUUCUGCAUGUGAAAUGAGUCAGACAAGGGCCAUGUCAAAAUUGAUCUGCUUUUAUAUAGGGUACGCAUAUAAUUUAACUGUCUAAAAGUAUUGUUUUGCACCAAGGCUUGUUUGGGGGCAAUGUUUCUGUUUAUUUUCACCCGUUUUUAUUUGUGUUUGUUUUUUAAACAAGCAGCUGGAUUGUUUACACCUAUUUGUAUAUUUACCAAUAUUUUCAGACCUAUGCUGUGACGGGUGACAACUUUGCCAUCGUCAAGGCAACAUAUACUUGUCUUGUUAAGUGCCUUGACUGCUGGCCUAUUCAUCUUUUUUUUUUUUUUUUUUUUCUUGAUAUGAAGAAAUCAUUUGAUUAUGUAAACUAGUAGAACAACAUUUGAGUACUGGGAUUAUAGGCUUUAAUGUCAUUGAUGAUAAUAGCUUGCAGUAAAAAUGACAUGGGGUGUAUUUAUUAAAAUUGGUACCAUGUGUAGGUAUAAAUAGAUCAGCCUUUAGUAACCAGGACAUGAUUAUAACACUUCAAAUCUGGUUUCCCAAGAACAACGAUAGAUACUGCAUCUCAAAUGUUAUACUAGCGAUUUUUGAAGUCGUACACCAGAUAUUUUCAACUCACUGUACUUAUGCAUAUGUCCUAAAUUGUAAUGUUUAUCACUAUGGAUAGUGGAAUAUUCUAAGAAUCUCUUCACUAAGCCACAGAUAGUAAAGCAGCUAAACCUAGUCAGCACAAGGUGCAAAACAAAUAACUCAUGCAAAAAUAGCAUUAUGGUACUUCUUUCUAAAGUAACCGAAACUACUAUAUGUUGUGAUGGCCACACUGCAGUCCGUUGAUGGAAUAAAUGCAAGUCUUGGAAGA